AUGAACUGGGUCAUCUUCGUCUCAUUUGACGAUGGUGUGCAAUGGGCUUUUCGAUCCCCUCGCACCGGUUGCGAGGCCAUCAUUUCAGACGACUCUGUAAAGAAGAUGCUGCUCAGCGAAGUGGCGACUCUAAAGGUUCUAAGAGAGAAAACUACGGUCCCCGUGCCAGAAGUGUACUCUUUCAGGUUUGGGGUACUCAUCGCAUCGUGCGAUAACGAUAUAGGGGUGCCGUACAUUCUCAUGAGCAAAGCGGCCGGUCGCUCUCUACGGGAGUAUCACUGGAUCAAUUGCACGACAUCGAGCUUCACGGCUGACCCUUUGCGUUUGCCCCUACCCGACGGAGCGAGAGAAAAUAUUAUGAGACAGCUGGGUGACAUAACGGGCCGUCUAUCCAGGCUUCGUUUCGACAAGAUUGGCUCUGUAUUCGAGGAUGGCCUCGGGAGCUACGUGGUCGGCGAGUGCCUCUCCCCAGCCUUGAUCUGGCAGCACCGAGACUCACUUGAGGACACUGCCGUAGAGCGCGGCCCUUUUACAUAUGAUGGCCAGUAUUUGGCCUCGCUCAUCUCCGCCCUUGUCGGCCACGCCAAGGAACUGGCGGCGGCGAAUCGCUGGAGCGACUAUGUUGCGGUUGGUGCCAACGUUGAAAACAGCAAAAAUGUUCUGGAUUUCUGCCUUGCGGGACAGGUAUUACAGCAAAUGAUACCUCGCAUUUCCAUGCCCGAAAAGUCCUACACGUUGUUUCAUCCCGACCUCAAUCUCGGGAACAUAUUUGUCGACGGCGAGUUCAACAUUACCUGCCUCAUCGACUGGGGCUCUGCGUCGAGCGGUCCUCUGAGCGAACUGCUCACCACGCCGGGCCUACAGACGCGUCCCCCAGAGCAGCAGUUCAGCGCGUUCCGCCAAGGCUUUGCUGCAGAUAAUCCGCCGCCCGCGGAAUCCUGGGACAAGGCCGACAUGAUGUGGUCCUUUUCUCGUCUUGUGCGUUUGACAUCCAAGUAUGACUUUGCUCAUUUAAAAGACUUGUACAGGCUUGUCUAUAGAGCAGACGCAGAAGACGACGAUGUUACUGAAUUAUUCCGUAGAAUGGCGGCAGAGGAAGAAAAUAAAAAACUUUUGGAGGAGCUCCGUGAGAAUGACCUGGCAGCUUCGGAAUUGCACAAGUUGGAGGCUGCCGCCUUUGGUACUAGAGCCAACUCGACCGAUAGUCGUGCGAUUGCGAGGAAGCUCAGCGUGGUGGCGGAGAUGAAUAAGAAUUUUGUGACAACGUCGAAGUUGUGGCGAUGGAUCGAGGCCGCUUUGGAAACACAGCCUGAUACACCGCAGUCUUUAUAG